AUGAAGAGGACAGACAACGGGUCCUGCUGUCGCCAAUGCGACUGUGGCUGCUGCCGCCGGGCGUCUCGCCGGACUCACCACACGCCUCACUGGUUUGGGGACGCGGUGCGAGUCUCACAGUCCCUGCGGCAGCACCCCAGCCGGGAAAGACGACGCCCGGAGCCGGUCGGGAGCUGGGCAGUGGCUGCAGAGGAGGAAGAAGCAGCCUCUGUGGGCGCCCCUUGGAUGAGAGAUUAUUUCACAGACGAUGAUGGAGAGAUGGUACCCAGGACAAAUAAUGCAGCAGCUUUUCUUAGUGACACUAAAGAUAGAGGCCCACCAGUGCAGUCACAGACUUGGAGAAAUGGUGAAAAGGUCCCCUUUGGGCAGACACAUUUCUUGAGAGCAUUUGAGAAGCCCCCUCAGGUGCAGACCCAGGCUCUUCGAGACUUUGAGAAGCACCUCAAUGACCUGAAGAAGGAGAACUUCAGCCUCAAGCUGCGCAUCUACUUCCUGGAGGAGCGCAUGCAACAGAAGUAUGAGGCCAGCCGGGAGGACGUCUACAAGCGGAACAUCGAGCUGAAGGUUGAAGUGGAGAGCCUGAAAAGAGAACUUCAGGACAAGAAACAGCAUCUGGAUAAAUCAUGGGCUGACGUGGAGAAUCUCAACAGCCAGAAUGAAGCUGAGCUCAGGCGCCAGUUUGAGGAGCGACAGCAGGAGACAGAGCAUGUUUAUGAGCUCUUAGAGAAUAAGAUCCAACUGCUGCAGGAGGAAUCCAGGCUAGCAAAGAAUGAAGCUGCACGCAUGGCAGCUCUGAUGGAAGCAGAGAAAGAGUGUAACCUGGAGCUCUCAGAAAAACUGAAGGGAGUCACUAAGGACAGGGAAGAUGUACAGGGAGACCAGGUCAAGCCCGACCAGUACACUGAGGCCCUGGACCAGAGGGACAAGAGAAUCGAAGAACUGAGUCAGAGCCUGGCUGCCCAAGAGAGGCUUGUAGAACAACUCUCUCAGGAGAAACAGCAACUUCUACAUCUGCUGGAAGAGCCCACUAGCAUGGAAGUGCAGUCGCUGCCUGAAGAUUUGGUACUCAAACAACAAAAGAGGAACUCAGAUGAGACCACUGUAACUCAGCAGUCUAUAUCUGAUUCCCACGUGGCAGAACUUCAGGAAAAACUCCAGCAAACAGAGGCCACCAACAAGACUCUUCAAGAGAAACUAAAUGAAAUGAGCUCUGAACUAAAGUCUGCUCAGGAGUUAUCUCAGAAGCAAGAUGGUACAAUUCAAAGCCUCAAGGAAACUCUGAAAAGCAGGGAAAAUGAGACUGAGGAGUUAUACCAGGUGAUUGAAGGUCAAAAUGACACAAUGGCAAAGCUUCGAGAAAUGCUGCACCAAAGCCAGCUUGGACAGCUUCAGAGCUCUGAGGGUACUUCCCCAGCUCAGCAACAGGUGGCUCUGCUUGAUCUUCAGAGUGCUUUAUUCUGCAGCCAGCUUGAAAUACAGAAGCUUCAGAGGGUGGUACGACAGAAGGAACGCCAACUUGCUGAUGCCAAGCGAUGUGUGCAAUUUGCGGAAGCUGCAGCAAACAAGAGUGAACAGCAGAAAGAAGCUUCUUGGAAACAUAACCAGGAAUUGCGGAAAGCUUUGCAGCAGCUACAAGGAGAAUUGCAGAAUAAGAGCCAACAGCUUCGUACCCUGGAGGCUGAAAAAUACAAUGAGAUUCGAACCCAGGAACAAAACAUUCAACACCUAAACCAUAGUCUAAGUCACAAGGAGCAGCUGCUUCAGGAAUUUCAGGAGCUCCUACAGUAUCGAGAUAAUUCAGAAAAAACCCCUGAAGCAAAUGAAAUGUUGCUUGAGAAACUUCGGCAACGAAUACAUGAUAGAGCUAUUGCUCUAGAGCGGGCUAUAGAUGAAAAGUUCUCUGCUCUAGAAGAAAAAGACAAAGAACUGCGCCAGCUUCAUCUUGCUGUGAGAGAGCGAGAUCAUGACAUAGAGAGACUGUGCAGUGUCCUCUCUUCUAAUGAAGCUACCAUGCAUAGCAUGGAGAGUCUCCUGAGGGCCAAAGGCCUAGAAGUUGAACAGUUAACUGCUACCUGUCACAACCUCCAGUGGCUACAAGAAGAAAUGGAAACCAAAUUUAGCCAUUGGCAGAAGGAACAAGAGAGUAUCGUUCAGCAGUUACAGACAUCUCUUCAUGACAGGAACAAAGAAGUGGAGGAUCUUAGUGCAACAUUGCUCUGCAAACUGGGACCGGGACAGAGUGAAAUAGCUGAGGAGCUCUGCCAGCGUUUACAGCGAAAAGAAAGGAUGCUGCAGGACCUCCUAAGUGAUCGGAACAAACAAGCUUUGGAACAUGAAAUGGAGGUUCAGGUUCUGCUUCAGUCUGUGAGCACCAGGGAGCAGGAGAGCCAGGCUGCUGCAGAGAAGAUGGUGCAAGCCCUAAUGGAAAGAAAUUUAGAAUUACAGGCUGUGCGCCAGCAUUUAGGAGGGAAAGACUUAAUGAUGGCUCAAACACUCGUCUCUAACCAACAAGCUAAAGCUACUUCCAUGAGCCCCAAUCUGGGAGAGCAAACUGAUCAAGCAUCAAUGCAAAUACCCUCCAGAAAUGAUAGCACUUCCUUGCCUGCUAAAGAGGAUGCUAGCAUUCCCAGGUCCACAUUAGGAGACUUGGACACAGUUGCAGGACUGGAGAAAGAACUGAGUAAUGCCAAAGAGGAACUUGUACUUAUGACUAAAAAAGAAAGAGAAAGUCAGAUGGAACUUUCUGCUCUACAGUCUAUGAUGGCUGUACAAGAGGAAGAGCUACAGGUGCAGGCUGCUGAUCUGGAGUCCCUGACCAGGAACAUACAGAUAAAAGAAGACCUCAUAAAGGACCUGCAAAUGCAACUGGUUGAUCCUGAAGACAUACCAGCUAUGGAACGCCUGACACAAGAAGUCUUACUUCUUCGAGAAAAAGUUGCUUCAGUAGAAUCCCAAGGUCAAGAAAUUUCAGGAAACCGAAGACAACAGUUGUUGCUGAUGCUAGAAGGACUAGUAGACGAAAAGAGUCGACUCAAUGAGGCCUUACAAGCUGAGAGACAGCUCUAUAGCAGCUUGGUGAAGUUCCAUGCCCAUCCAGAGAGCUCUGAGAGAGAUCGAACUCUGCAGGUGGAACUCGAAGGGGCCCAGGUAUUACGCAGUCGGCUAGAAGAAAUUCUUGGAAGAAGCCUGGAGCGCUUAAGCAGACUGGAGACCCUGGCCGCCGUUGGAGGUGCAGCUGCAGGGGAUGACACUGAAGAUGCCAGCACUGAAUUCACUGAUAGUAUUGAGGAGGAGGCUGCACACAACAGCCACCAGCAACUUACCAAGGUGGCUUUGGAUAAAAGCUCGGCAACUGUGGAGACCCAGAACACAUCCCUUUCCCCUCCAUCCCCAGUAGGAGGGGACAGUAACAGGUGUCUUCAGGAGGAAAUGCUCCACCUGAGGGCUGAGAUCCACCAGCACUUAGAGGAGAAGAGAAAAGCUGAAGGGGAACUCAAGGAGCUAAAGGCUCAAAUUGAGGAAGCGGGAUUCUCCUCUGUGUCCCACAUCAGGAAUACCAUGUUGAGCCUUUGCCUUGAGAAUGCAGAGCUGAAAGAGCAGAUGGGAGAAGCAAUGUCUGAUGGAUGGGAGAUGGAGGAAGACAAGGAGAAAGGCGAGGUGAUGGUGGAGACUGUAGUCGCCAAAGGGGAUCUAAAUGAGAAUACCCUUCAGGCUGAGUUCAGAAAGCUCCAGGGAAAACUGAAGAAUGCCCACAACAUCAUCAACCUCCUCAAAGAACACUUGGUACUAAGCAGCAAGGAAGGGAAUAAUAAACUUACUCCAGAGCUCCUUGCACACUUGACCAGGGAGAUUGACAGAAUGAACACAAACCUGGUUUGUUCUCCUGGGAAGAACCAAUGCCAAGAGGAGGAGUUGACCACAAGGCCUUGCCCCAGACCCCAGAGCCUUGACCUUGGGGCCGCCCUGGCAGUGGAUACCCACCAAUUGGAUAACCAGUCUCAGGCCCAGGAUGGUAGGCCUCAAUCAGAAUUUAGCCUGCGUGGUUCUACCAAGCACCUGCGCUCUCAGCUGGCUCAGUGCAGACAAUGCUAUCAAGACCUUCAGGAGAAGCUACUGAUCUCAGAAGCCACUGUCUUUGCCCAGGCAAACCAACUGGAGAAGUACAGAGCCAUAUUUAGUGAAUCCCUUGUGAAGCAGGAUAGCAAGCAGGUCCAGGUGGAUCUCCAGGACCUGGGCUAUGAGACUUGUGGUCGAAGUGAAAAUGAGGCUGAACGUGAGGAGACCACCAGCCCUGAAUGUGAGGAGCACAACAGCCUCAGGGACAUGGUACUCAUGGAAGGGCUGUGCUCUGAACAAGGGCGCAUGGGCCCAGCCCUCACUCACCCUCCUGGGAAGAAGCCUUCAGAGAGCCGGCUAGGGAAGCAGGAAGAGUCCCAGGCAUAUGGAAAGUCAGAAAACAUCUCUGUUCUACAAAAGGACAUUAAAGAUCUGAAAGCCCAGCUGCAGAAUGCCAACAAGGUCAUUCAGAACCUCAAGAGCCGUGUCCGGUCUCUCUCGGUUACAAGUGAUUAUUCAUCUAGUCUGGAAAGACCCCGGAAGCUAAGGGCUGUUGGCACCCUUGAGGGGUCUUCACCCCAUAGUGUCACUGAUGAGGAUGAGGGGUGGCUGUCUGAUGGCACUGGGGCCUUCUACCCUCCAGGCCUUCAGGCCAAAAAGGAUCUGGAGAGUCUUGUCCAGAGAGUAUCCCAGCUGGAGGCUCAGCUCCCAAAAACCGGAAUAGAAGGGAAGCUGGCCGAGGAGCUGAGAUCAGCCUCGUGGCCUGGAAAAUAUGAUUCCCUGAUUCAGGAUCAGGCCCGAGAACUAUCCUACCUACGGCAAAAAAUACGAGAAGGGAGGGGUAUUUGUUAUCUUCUCACCCAGCAUGCAAAAGAUACAGUCAAAUCUUUUGAGGAUCUCCUAAGGAGCAAUGAUAUUGACUACUACCUGGGUCAGAGCUUCCGGGAGCAACUUGCCCAGGGAAGUCAGCUGACUGAGAGACUUACCAGCAAACUCAGCACCAAGGAUCAUAAAAAUGAGAAAGAACAAGCUGAACUUGAGCCACUGGCCCUCAGGCUCAGCAGGGAGCUGCAGGAGAAGGAAAAAGUGAUUGAAGUCCUGCAGGCCAAGCUGGAUGCCCGGUCUCUUUCGCCCCCCAGCAGCCAUGCCUUGUCUGACUUCCACCGUUCUCCCAGCAGCACCUCCUUCUUAUCUGAUGAGCUGGAAGCCUGCUCUGACAUGGACAUAGCCAGCGAGUAUACACACUGUGAAGAGAAGAAAGCUUCACCUGGUCACUCAGAUUCCAUCCAUCAUUCAAGUCUUUCUGCUGUAUUGUCUUCUAAACCAGCAGUAACCAGUGCUUCACAGGGGGUUAAGGCCGAGUCCAGCAGCAACCCCAUCAGCUUGCCAACUCCCCUGAAUUCCCCCAAGGAGGCCAACCAGGCCCAUCCAGGUGUCAGCAGUGUUCCUCCAGCUUCCACAGCCACGUUGCCAGGCAGCCAUUCAGAAACCAGCUCUUCCCACUACCUCAACCCUGCCCAGUCCCACUCUCCAAUGAGGGGUGCCAUGGAAUUGGGCAGAAUCCUGGAUCCUGGAUACCUGGGUAGCAAUGGCCAGUGGGAUGUCAUGAGACCUCAGAAAGGGAGUGUCUCUGGGGACAUCUCUUCAGGUUCUUCAGUGUAUCAGCUUAACUCCAAACCCACAGGGGCUGACCUACUGGAAGAGCAUCUUGGUGAAAUCCGGAACCUGCGCCAGCGGCUGGAAGAGUCCAUCUGCAUCAAUGACCGCCUGCGGGAGCAGCUGGAACACCGGCUCAGUUCCACUGCCCGUGACAGUGGAUCCACCUCUCACUUCUACAGUCAGAGCCUGGAAUCUAUGCCUCAGCUCUACAAUGAGAACAGAGCCCUCAGGGAAGAAAACCGGAGCCUUCAAGCUCAGCUGAGUCACGUUUCCAGAGGGCACUCACAGGAAACAGAAUGCCUGAGGGACGCUCUGUUCUCCUCUCGAUCCCGCCUUCAAGAGCUGGAAAAGGAGCUGGAGCAGCAAAAGAUGGAGCGGCAGCAGCUUCUAGAAGACCUGCAGGAGAAGCAACAGGAGAUCUUGCAUUUCAGGGAGGAACGUCUGUCCCUCCAGGAAAAUGACUCCAGACUGCAACACAAGCUGGCCCUCCUGCAGCAGCAGUGUGAAGAGAAACAGCAGCUCUUCCAGUCCCUGCAGUCAGAGCUACAGAUCUAUGAGGCACUUUAUGGAAAUUCUAAAAAAGGACUAAAAGCUUUUAGCCUGGAUGGCUGUCACCAAGUUCCUUUGAACAGUGACUUGAACCACCUGGUGGCAGAGAUACGAGCUCUGAGAGGGCAACUAGAACAGAGCAUUCAGGUGAACAAUUGUCUGCGGCUACAGCUGGAGCAGCAGUUAGAUGGUGGUACUGGCAAAGGCAGCCUCAGCCCCUCCACUGUGAGCCAGAACUUCCCAACCAACCCUGACCCUGGAAAUAAGCAGUCACUCUUUCAAGAUUCAGUUACUUCCCCUCCAGUUCGUGAUGUUGGCAUGAAUUCUGCUGCUCUGGUCCUUCCCAGCUCUUCUUCCUCUUCUCCUGGCUCAGACACUGCCAUUGUCACCAGGAAAAAUGAGCUGGAAUCAGAUGCUCCUCAAGGAAUGAAGAACUCUCCCAAGCUGGAGGGUGAUACUACAGAUGGCUCCUUCGCCAACAAAAAUGGCCGCCAUGUCAUAGGCCACAUCGAUGACUAUACUGCUCUCAGGGAGCAGAUUGAGGAGGGAAAACCGCUGGUGCAAAAGAUCCUGUCUCUCCUGAGACCCACAUGCAACUUCCUGGGCCUUGAAUCUCAGAGCUCAGAGGCACCAGGCAACAAAGGAGUCCGUGAGCUACGCAGUAGUAUCAGUGCCCUACAACACACCCUAGAAGAGUCAGCCUCCCUCCUGACCAUGUUCUGGCGAGCGGCCCUGCCAAGUUCCCAAGGCCCUGCACUGCCUGGCAAAGCAGAUGAAUCAAUGGAAAGGGAGCUACUGGAUCUGCGAGCCCAAGUAUCCAAACAGGAGAAGCUCCUUCAGAGCACAGCUGAGCGUCUGAAGACUGCCAACCAGCAGAAGGAGAACAUGGAGCAGUUCAUCGUCAACCAGUUGACCAGGACACAUGAUGUUUUGAAGAAGGCAAGGACUAAUUUGGAGCACAACACUUACAAGAUUGCUUCUGUACAGCCUUAUCCUGUCCCAGCCAAGGGUGAAAUCUCUAAGGCCCCUGCUGUGCACUCCAGCCUUGUGACCCUUGCCUUCCAGGAGCCACACAAGAAGCAAAGCCACCACAGGUCCUUAAAGCAUCAGGAAGAAUGGGCCUGCCCCUCUUUUGCACAACUACCUGUCUGCUGAGGAGAAUCUGGGCUUGAUUCCUCUAAAUCUGCUGGAGGUCUGAAGAUGCAGUCAGAGACGUGUCCUUGUGGGGUAGGCAGAAAGGUAGAAUGACUUCCUGGCAGUGAUGGAAUAACAGUAGCCAAAUUCCCCUGGGCCCAGCAUUAAGCAAAGCACAUGUGAGAUUGCGUAGUAGCACUUGUGACACUGCUUUUGAACAGCCUCAGUGGCAUAGCACCUGCCAGAGCAUGGUUCUCAUCUCAACAGCUGUCCUCAAGAUGGUCAACGCGAAGGAAAUAGCUGCCUUCUACACAUGGGACAUGUGAUCCCAAUGCUGAAGCUCCUCCACAGUUAUAGAAGCACACUACUGAGCAGCAGUGCCCUGCUGGACAGUGUCAGUGGGGUUCAGUGAGCACUGCUCACAGAUCCACACCUAACCAGGUAGCUCCUCUGGGGCAAGUCAGGCUGGACUUCAUGCUGUACCACCAAUUCUGAGAGCUUUGAUUCUGUGUGGGGAAUUGGUGACUUGUUAGAUGCCCUGUCAUGCUUAGCCUAGCAUGAUCUUCUUCAUUUCUUACAUGUUCUCCAAACUGUACUGUCCCUACCCCCAUUAGGUAUGUUAUCCCUUUGUCAUCCUAACUUCCCUCAGGCGAAUUGGGAACUGAUGGCCAUACCAAGCCUAUGGAAAGUCUUGCAUAUAGCAGCCCUCUGCUUGUUUUUAAGUGGUCUGGGCAAGGUCCUAGUUGUACUGAAGCCUAGUCUGUGUCUUCAGAGUGCUCCUAGGAUGUGGGUAUGUGUGUAUAAAUGUAUGAUAGAGAUUUAUUUAUGUUGCUGUAGCAAUAUGUUGAAGGCCAACGUAACUCAUGGAUGGGGAGGACGAGAGGAAACAACAAUCUUUUUUUGGUGGCUAUUAAAGAAAUAUGUGUAUAAGUGAA